GGGCUGGGAGGGGGGAGCCCAAGGCUCAGCCUUCUGUCUGGGUCUCCGCCUCCGGGGCUGACUCGCUCAGUUCGAAUCCAGUAGGAAGUCUUGUUUUGCAGAGAGUCUUAAGCUGGGCGGGAGAGCGGGGAGACAGGCUGACAGUCAUGGCUCUUGUAUUCGCUGCCAUCAGGGUCCUGCUCGGGCUCUUCUUUGGCCUCAGCGGGGUGGUGAAACUGACUGACCAGAUUUCGGCCGACGUCUACAAGCAGAUGAAAACCCAGUUUGUGCAGUUUGCUGACGUUUUCCCCCUAAAAGACUUUGGAUUCAAGCCAGACCCAGAGCAGUAUCUGUUGGCCGUGGGCUGGGUGGAGUUGGUUGCUGGAGUCCUGUUGGCCUUUGGACCUCAGAUCCUGCAGGAGAUCAGCAACUUUGUGUUGUGCAUCAUCAUGAUUGGUGCCAUCUAUACCCUUCUGGUACUGAAGGAACCUCUUGCUAUGUGUGCCCCUGCAACUGUCUGCCUUGGUCUCCUCCUGUUACUGGCUGUGAGAGGACAUGGCCGUAAAACAAAAUCCAAGUCUGAGUGAGACAUCAGAUGCCUCUGACCGGCGAGGGACCAUUUCCCAUACACACAAAGUUUACCGUUUUGUGUUAAUGUGUGGGAAGUUUUUAAGUGGAUUUGUUGCUAGGUGACAAAAGCUUGCCUGCAUCUAAAAGGAUAUCCACUAUUGUCUUAUCUCUGCAAUGUGUGAAUCCCUGCAGACUUUCUACUGAUUGUACAUAUGCACCAUGGUUGCAGUCUCACCAUCUGUUUCAGGUCUCUCUAACAGAUAUUAGAGUAGCAGUCUCCAGCUCUCUCCAGUCAUUUUUAUAAUCGGGAGAACAGACCAAUGCAUCUUGUGUUUUCUUUCCCUGUGUUACUUGCCUGGAGCUCCAGAAAUCACUGUGGUUUUCUAACAAUAAAAGAGUUCCAGAAGUGA